AUGGCACUGCCUAACACCCAAGAUGAGGGUCCUGCGGAUCUAGAGAACACAGCCGACACAGAAGUCAGACCGCCAGCACCACCGCCGUUCUCCGCCAAGCCACCCCGUCUCCUCAUCAUCGGGGCAGGGUCGCGAGGCCGAGUAUACGGGCGGUGCACGAUCCAAUCCAGCAACGGCGUGGUGGCCGCAGUCGUCGAGCCCGACGACUACAAGCGCGAAGAGUUCGGGCGGAACUUCAUCUGGGGCGACAAGGCGGCCCCGGACGGCUCGCACUUCACUGACUGGCGCGACUUCAUAACCUGGGAGCUGGGGCGGCGUGAGCGGGAAAAGGCCGGCGAGGUCGUCCCCGAAGGCGUGGAUGCCGCUUUCAUUUGCGUGCGGGAUGAGAUGCAUCACGAUGUUCUCAUGGCCCUCGCGCCGCUGGAUCUCCAUGUCAUGUGCGAGAAGCCGCUGGCGACGACGUUGGAUGACUGCGUCGACAUGUACCGCGCGAUGGCGCCGCAUCAGAUGGACAGGGUCUUCUCCAUCGGACAUGUCAUGCGGUAUUCACCACACAACAUGAUGCUGCGGAAGCUCCUGCUGGAGGACAAGGCGAUUGGCGACAUAUUGAGUGUCAUGCACACGGAGCCGGUUGGCUUCUGGCAUUUUUCGCAUAGCUACGUCCGGGGCAAUUGGCGGAAGAAGUCCACGACGGCUCCGUCCCUACUGACCAAGAGCUGUCACGACAUCGACAUUAUUCUGUGGCUGCUAUGCUCUCCGCCGCCCGGAUCGGACGAGCCGCCACACCUUCCGACCUCGAUAUCAUCGGCCGGCUCCCUCCAAUUCUUCAAAAAGAGCAGGAAACCGAAAGCAGCAGGCAGCGCGACCAAUUGCUUGAGCUGUGCCGCCGAGAAAGACUGUCUGUACUCGUCCAAGAAGAUUUACAUAAGCCCGAAGCAUCAGGGCAUUGAGACCGGGAACAUCCGGUGGCCUGUCAGUGUCGUCCUGCCGGACAUCGAGAGCUUCGGAGGCGAUCACGCAAAGGUGGUGGCGGCCCUCUUGCCAAAACUGGCUGAAGACUACGAUGAGUCGACAUUGCAGGAGGUCAUCGACAGCAGGAAUUGGUGGGGGCGAUGCGUCUUCGAAUCGGACAACGACGUAUGCGACGAGCAGGUCGUCACGAUGACCUGGGACGAGGACCCGCUGCCGGCGUCGAGCGCAGCGUCCAGCGACUCGGUCGGGGGUCGGGGAUCCAAGCAAGCGACCUUCCACAUGAUCGCGCAGACCAAGAAGCAGUGCCACCGCUACUCUUACAUUUACGGCACCGAGGGCGAGGUGUACGCCGACUCCAAGACCAUCACGGUCGAGGACUUUCGGACCGGCGCGACCACGGCGUACAAACCAAAACUCGAGAGCCUCGGCCACGGCGGCGGCGACCACGGCCUGACGCGGCAGUUCGUGCUCGCGGUCGACAAGGUCAAGAACCACAGCUGGGCGGCGGCCAGGGCCCAGCGCGAGUACAUCGGCUGCAGCCUGGAGGAGAUCAUCCGCAGCCACGUCAUGGUGUUCGCCGCGGAGGAGGCGCGGAUAGCCCAGAGGACGGUCGUGUGGAAGGAUUGGUGGGAUGAGCACGUAGGGUCGGAUAUGUUAGAUGGUCAGCAGAAGUCUGACAAGGUGGCGCAACAUAUACAGGGAUAG